GUGCGGCCCUUGUUUAAGGAUAGCCCCAGCUUUCAAUGCUCUGAGUAACAAAUAUCCCCAGGCAACUUUUUUGGAAGUGGAUGUGCAUCAAUGCCAGGGAACAGCUGCUACCAAUAAUAUAUCAGCCACACCGACAUUUCUGUUUUUCCGAAACAAAGUGCGAAUCGACCAGUAUCAAGGAGCAGAUGCUGUGGGUUUAGAAGAAAAAAUUAAACAGCACCUGGAGAACGAUCCUGGAAACAACGAAGAUACAGAUAUCCCAAAAGGAUAUAUGGAUUUAAUGCCGUUUAUCAAUAAAGCCGGCUGUGAAUGUCUCAAUGAGAGUGACGAGCACGGGUUUGAUAAUUGUUUACGUAAAGACUCGACCUACUUGGAAUCCGACUGUGACGAGCAGCUGCUUAUUACUGUAGCUUUUAGUCAACCUGUCAAGCUUUAUUCGAUGAAACUUCAGGGGCCAGAUAAUGGGCAAGGUCCGAAGUACAUCAAAAUCUUUAUCAACCUGCCUCGAUCUAUGGAUUUUGAAGAAGCAGAAAGAAGCGAACCGACUCAAGCCCUGGAGCUGACACCAGAUGACAUUAAAGAAGAUGGUAUUGUGCAGCUUCGCUAUGUGAAAUUUCAGAAUGUUAACAGCGUAACCUUGUUUGUCCAGUCCAAUCAUGGUGAUGAAGAGACAACAAGAAUUACGUACUUCACGUUUAUUGGAACUCCGGUCCAAGCAACAAAUAUGAAUGACUUCAAGCGAGUUUGCAGGCGAAUGUCUCGGCACCGUCGGGGUGUGUGUGCAAACCUGCAGGGCUGCGUGUACACCAAACAGUCCCACGGUGUUUGCGUUGUGCUGGUGGCGUCGGGAUGUUGA